CGACACUUUCCCCUCCCCCCUACUACGCCUCGACCUAUAUAUUUUUUUUACCAUUACCAUCUAGCCAUGAUACCUUUGCUGUCCUGAGCCCCCCGAUAUCUCUCGUAAAAAAACAAUCUGUGCCAGGCAUUUGUUCUCGCGCUCCUACCGACACAUAGGGGAUUUCGACCUCCUAGACAGGUUAUCCUGUUCUCUUUAGUAUCAUUGAUUCGAGUAUCCGAUUCUACAUCGUUUAGUCGGCCCGGUUAUCACCUAAGAUAUAUUUAGAUCUCUUCGUGUGUUCCGGCGGGAUUCGGUGCUUCUGGUUUCGUGGUCGGCUGGAGCCCCUCGGUGGGAAUACCCACAGGCUGCUGAUCGUCUUUCCGCCCCCAAGCAAGCGCACACCUCGGCUUGGCUGAAUAGACUCUGGGCCUCACCCCAUCUCUCUGACGACCGUAUCAACCAAAAUGGCAGAUGAGCCCUCCCCUCCGAAGCAAUCAGUGGCGUCGGAAGAGCACGGCAGUCUGAGACCUCCCGCGGUGUCGACGUCGACCUCUUCUCCACUGCCCGGCCCCUUAACUUCUGAUUCGGGGCUCGAUGACUCUUGGGAGCCGACAGACUCUGAUGAGGUGGGUGAGGAUGGCGAAGUUGGCGAUAUCGGUAUCAGCUCUUCGGGGGCACCUAAGCGCCCGAGGCCCUCCUCAGAACCCGAGAAUGACGCCACUCGAUCCAAUGACGAUAAGAUCCCUUCCGCAGACGGAGCCGCGGACCAUUGGGCAAAACGUAGGAAAGUGCCUGUGUCGGCUAUUUUUAUCCAUGCCGGAGCCGGAUAUCACAGCGUCUCCAACGAGAGAAUUCACUUGGAAGCCUGCUGCGAGGCGGCUCGUGGUGCUAUGAAACUCCUACGACUAGGAUAUUCAGCCGUCGACGCUGUCGAGGCAGCUAUUAAGGUCCUCGAAGAUAAAGAGAUUACCAACGCUGGCUACGGAAGUAACCUGUCGAUCGACGGAACGGUUGAAUGCGAUGCUACCCUAGUCAACCACUUGGGGCAAAGCGGUGCUUGCGGCGCGGUUCCUAACGUUAAGAAUCCCAUCAGUCUGGCCAAGGCCAUCCUCCAUAAUAGUGCCAGACCGCUCUCGCUACGACGCAUUCCCCCGAACCUGCUCGUCGGAGAUGGCGCGAGGGACUUUGCUCAGAAAGCGGGUGUGGCUCUCGUCCCUAAUGAAUCGCUCGUGUCCAAAAACUCGAGGGAUCGCUACCUCAAGUGGAAGGAAGAUCUGAUGCGAGCGGAGGACAAGGGACUGCUUUCGCCGAUCCCCCUCGACGACCACGCCGUCCCCAUCCUUGACAGCGGAGGCCGCACGGCUAUGCAACGGGACCACACCAACGCUAUAUUGGCCGGAACCUGGAAUGAGGGUCAGCCGGAUUCGCCAGGCUCCAUGGAGAGUGGACAGUCUAUGGGGAAUUCGCAUGACCCCCAGCAUCCUACACUAAUCAACGCCGAGAUCCCGUCGGAAAUACCCCCCGUAAGCCCAGUCGAUUAUGGUCUGUCGAGUUUUGCAGGUCCAUCUGCCACAUUACUACAUAGCAGUAUGGCUCUCAAGGCACCUCCGCGCGCCUCGAAGCACCCAACUAUCGCUCCUGCCCCGAACGACGAACUUGUCCGACUAGAUUUCGAUAUACCGUGUCCCGCCAACGCGGCGCAAGUGGCUCUCCGCGACAUCGCCAACCCGAUGCUCCCAGAUGAUUCCACGGCCUUGUACGUGCGGCCCCUGGACCGCGGGCGCGACGCGCACGACGGCGACGUCGACAGAAUCACGGACACGGUCGGCGCGAUCGCCAUCGACAGGGACGGGAACAUGGCGGCGGGGUCGUCGUCGGGGGGGAUCGGGAUGAAGCACCGGGGGCGGAUCGGGCCGGCGGCGCUGGUGGGGGUGGGGACGGCGGUGCUGCCGGCAGCGCACGCAAGCGGCGAGGGGGUGGCAGUGGCGGCGGUGACGAGCGGGACGGGCGAGCACAUCACGACGACGAUGGCGUCGCAGAAGUGCGCGGAGCGGCUGCUGCACGGGACGCGGCGCGGGCCCGGCGGCGGCGACGUGCCGGAGCCCGACGAGCGCGCCGCGCUCGAGGCCUUCCUCGAGCACGACUUCCUCGCCCACCCCGGCGUCCGCCACUCGCGCUCCGCCGCCGCCCUCGGCGUCAUGGCCGUCAAGCAGUGCCCCGCCCGCGGCUACUACCUCUACUUCGUCCACAACACCGAGUCCUUCGCCCUCGUCUCCAUGGGCUCCGCCGACCGCGACCCCGCCUGCGUCAUGUCCCGCCUCAACGCCCACGCCGCCGGCAUCGCCCUCGGCGCCCGCAAGAUCUCGGCCUGAGCGCGCCGCCGCGGCUAGCGGUUCCACCUGGGUCCUCCGGCCGCCGCGUCUUAGGUCUCGCUGCUGCCGCCCAGGUUCCUUUUUUUUUUCUUUCCUUUUUUUCCUCCCUGGCUUCUCUCGCUCCGCUCACUUGCUUCGAGAACAUCAUACCCCGCGACCUAGUUUCGUCCUUCACCAUGCUUGGUUAGCUCUCAUCUCCUCUUUGCGCACUCACCUAUAUAGAA